AUGACUAAGUCCUCGCCCGCAUUUAUCAAGGAUCGCAUCGAGAACCAUGAGGACAAGGUUUUGCUAGCUCGCAUUGACGAGUACUUCUCAGCUUUCGCCGAUGGCGAUGCUGAGAAAAUGGACAGCAUGGUGACUGAUGAUUAUCGCAUGUCCGACAUUCCCCUUAACAUUGUUCGGUUCCCCAAGCAGGCUUGGUUCGCAGCGAACAAAGGAUUCAGUGGUCUGAUGACAGAUGUCUCAGUUGAGGCCAUUUCGCUCCACGGCAGUUCCGAGCCCGGCUCGUUUGCGGUAUUGGAAAACGUGGUACGGUUCACAUUGAAGAUUGAUCCUCCCGAGGAGGCCAAGCCCAACCUUCCUCCUGGAAUCGGGAAGGGCGAUUCCUCGGGUAUGAUUAUGCUAUCCACGAUCUGGUGGAACAGUGAGGGGAAAAUUACCCGCGAACUGGAGUAUGGAAAGCUGCUAUGGCCCGGAUUUGAUAUCAAUGCCUUCAACGAGUGGUGA